UGGAUACCGACUAGGAUAUUCUGUACCAGGUACCUCCCGCUACAGAUAUGGGAAAUAGGACGUAAGUAAAGGAGAGCACUUGUAUCCUGAGGUACCUUCUGAUAUCCGUUGACCUUCCUUGACUUGAGGUUGAGAUAAGGUAAAGAGCUUUUUUUUUUUUCUCUUUCUGUCUCCUAUAAGAGUGAAUGGAUCCGAUUCAACACCCGGGCCCUCCCCCGUCCCCCAUUUGCCAUUCGCCAACCUAUGCUGCUUCGUACAUUUCAACCCCCAUCCUGGGACAUUACUGGAAAUUCCGCGUCCUCGUACAGAAGCUGUGGUGGAGGGUUCAACAUGUAGGGUAGCUCAUGAGAAUUCUUAGUCGAAUUGACGGGUCGAUACACGGCGCGAUUCUGCUCGGAACUCCCCCGCCAGGCCUGAGUUCGGUGUCCCAGCUAUCCGGCGUUAGGGUUUCCCAUGGCUCUGGGAACGUCGCUUGGAGAGCUUUUUUCGCUGUCGUCGGCCGGUGCCGUACAGCUGACUCUAGGAGGAAGCAUGGGAUCUCGUCUACCCUCACCUCUACAAGACAUAUCAGCUUUGCAAUAGCAAGACCAGACACACGGUCACGACGCCUCAACUGCUCCGUGCCAAACCCGCAUACCGGUCACGGCUGGAACCGCACGCUUACGCAAGAGGCUAGAUCGAGGUCUGAGCUUCUUGAUAUCGUCGACCAGUACGACGACACGACUGUGGAGGAGCAUCUAGAGUUCCUAAGGGACCCCUACCUACGAAGAUAUGCCCCCGCGGAUGGGCCGGUGCUUAGAGUCUCGGAUAGGAUUGAAGAUGUCAACCUCGAUUCUGUCGACCCGCUCCAGUGGAAAAGCCCCGAAGAGGAGGAUACGAUUUUGAGACUCCAAGAAGCAGUGCGUUACAAACUUAGGAGGCCCGGGACAUCGAAUCUAGACGAGAUAUUCGAGAUAUACCAGGAACUUCCGGCGCCCCGUGUAUCGCUCAUCACAGCCAGCCUGAGGCACCAACUGCUCGCAGCGCUUGCGAUAACAGAAAAAAAGAACACCCGAGCUAUGCUGCGGUAUUUUGCUGUAGUGACGGAUGUCAGGAAUAGCGGCUUCGCCUUGACUAGGCCGGAAUGGAACACUGCUAUAUCGUUUGCUAGUCGGUACGUCGGCAGGUCAGCGGUGGCCGAAGUCGAGGCGGCGCUCGAGCUCUGGCGCGAAAUGGAAAAUGUCUCCGGCGUCCGGGCUUCCGAAGUGACGUUUAACAUCCUCUUCGACGUCGCCUCGAAAGCGGGCAAGUUUCUGGUCGCCGAGAUGCUGUACGAUGAGAUGCUCAACCGCGGCUAUAGUUUUAAUCGUUAUCACCACGUCAGCUUGAUCCACUACUUCGGUCUCAAGCUGGAGACUAGUGGGGUGAGGGCCGCCUACAAGAAAAUGAUUGAGUCGGGUGAAUUCAUCGACACGACUGUACUGAACUGCGUCAUCUCGGCGUUCCUAAGGUCCGGGGAGCGGGAGUCUGCCGAGAGGGUCUAUAACAAGAUGAAAAAGUCGGACCGAAGGUCCAAGUGGAUACCAGCUCGCGAUUACACCACGCAGAAGGCCAUUACUAAGGUGCUCAUGAUGUUCGCAAAACUUUCGAGGAGACACCCCGACUUGCAUGCGAACUUCCACCAGGCCACCUCGAUCUCUCCGGACAUACAGACAUACCGCAUUCUCAUCAAUUACUACGGGAUUAAGCUGGGCGACCUCUCGACCGUCGUGAAGUUGCUCGAUGAGAUGAAGUGGUUCAGAAUCCAGCUACAUGGCUCUAUCUUCCUCGCCCUUUUCAAAUCAUUCGGCAAGUUUGGGGGGUUGGGAUCGGACUGGUCUGCGCAAAAGCUCCGGAGCGUGUGGAAAGCAUAUAUAGACUCUCUCGACAGCAAAGCAGACGGACUAGAAAUCAGUACAUGGAUGGUGGCGGCCGUCCUAAAGGCGUUUUCCAGAUACUCGUCUCGGGAUGAGAUGCUGGACGUGUACGAGGAUAUGAGGUCUAGAUGGGACCUGGAACCAGAGGGCUCGCGGUUUGCGAUGCAUUGUUUGCGUAAAAUACUGCGUAGCAGGCGCUUCGAUAUACAAUCUAUAGACAUACUAAGGGGGUAUGGGGCUGGACGUUAGGAGUAGGCAUCGUGGUUAUAAACACAUGAUACCAGCCUUCCGUAGAUGCCUACCCUAUGCGAACUAAUUUCGCUUCACUAAUGGUCCGCAGAAAUACUCCACUAAAACAAGCAAUCAAUCACGAGAACACGGUCCCAGAGUCUUACAACGUGAGGAUGGUAGUCCAAGUUAUCCUAGGGAUAACCUCUAUAGAGUAGUAGAUGGUGAUCUCUCGUCGUCCUCAGAGCCGCUUGGAAGACUGCAUAGCCAGUUCCAAAGCAAGUC